UUGGUGCUGCUGAUCCGAAAACCGCCAAUGAAAGCAAGAGAGGUAACUGAGUAAACGAAUUUUAAAACAAUUAAAACAAAUAAGCUGGUGAUUUGUGUAAAAGAGAACCACAGACGUCCAAGAGAUUCAUAACAAUGUACGCACUAAAGAAAACAAUAAGUGGUUUGUGAAUUAUUUGAGGUUAGAGUGUAUCUUUAACUAAAGUAAUUUGUUGGAGUGAACUAGCGGAUUAGAAGAAUGUCCCAAAAGGCAACCAAGGCUGCUGUAGUGAAGAAACCAGCAGGGAAACGAAAAGCUGCCAAUGGAUACAAGCUACCUGACCCAAUUCCACUGGGGGAAAUUAUAAGGAAUGUUCGUAAGAAGGAAUGGCAGAUUGGUCCUUCAAUUGGAGCUGGAGGAUUUGGAGAGAUCUAUGCUGCAUCAGAUGUUUCAGACUCUCCAAGAAAAAAAGGCACUUUACCUUAUGUUGUAAAAAUUGAACCUCAUGGUAAUGGUCCCUUGUUUGUGGAAAUGCAUUUCUAUAUGAAAGUUGCCAAACCUGAGCAAAUUGAAGAAUGGAAGAAACUGAAAAAUUUGAAGUCACUUGGUAUGCCAUGUUAUCUUGGAUCUGGCUCACAUGAAUAUAAUGGACAGAAAUACCGUUUCAUAGUGAUGGACAGAUAUGGAAAGGACCUUUGGUCACUGUUUAUUCAGAACAAACGAGUGUUUACAAUACCAACUGUUCUGAGAGUAGGUCUGCAAAUAAUUGAUGUACUACAGUAUAUUCACAGCAAGAUGUAUGUUCACGCUGAUAUCAAAGGAGGGAAUCUUCUACUUGGACUGAAAAGGGGCACAGAGAAUCAGGUUUAUCUUGUUGAUUUUGGACUGGCUUCUCACUAUUCACAGAAGGAAUACAAACCAGACCCUAAGAGAGCUCAUAAUGGAACCAUUGAAUAUACCAGCAGAGAUGCUCAUGUUGGAGUGCCCACAAGGAGAGGUGAUCUAGAGAUUCUGGCAUACAAUAUGUUGCAAUGGCUGGCUUCUAAACUUCCAUGGGAAAACAAUUUAAGUGAUCCAGUGCAUGUACAUCAGCAGAAGACUAAAUAUAUGGACAACAUUCCAGAACUAAUGAAAAAAUGUUUCCCUAAGACUACUCCACCAGCUGCACUGGUCAAGUAUUUUGAAUAUGUAGCUAGCCUAACAUAUGAUCAAGACCCAGACUACAAGUGGUGUCAAAAGCUACUGGAGACAGGUCUCAAGGAUUGCAAGUGUUCUCUGGAAGGGAAGCUGGAUUUCUCAGGAAAAGGUACUGUUAAGAGAGGCAGUCCAAAGAAAACAAACAGUACAGGUCCUUCCUGUGAUGGUGAAACCAACAUUUCUGAUAAUAAGCCACUUCCAAGGAGGAAAGUUAACGUAACUCAAAAACAAAAUCAGGCAAAACAGCACAAAGCCGACAUUUCUGAUAGUAAUUCCAGUGCUGAAUCUGACGAUGAUGAAGUCUGUAACUAUAAGAAGAAAGAAAAGUCAAGUAAUGCAAAUAAGAAAGUCAAAACUAAAUCUGUUUACGGCUGGAGAGAUUGUCCAUCGGCAAUUGCAAGUAAUGUGAACAGAGCUGGAGAAUACAAAAGAAAAAGUAAUGACAAACAGCACAUCACCAAGAAACAAAGAAAAAUGAAUGGUUGAUAGCAGAUUUUUAAUGUUACAUUUGCUUCCUUGGAAACAACUUUAAGACUGUAAAUGCUCAGCAGGCUACCACACAGUUAAAAAGUUCAUUACCGUUAUUGAACAUUGUGGCAGUAAUAACUGCCACAAAGUGCGUAUGUCCUUAUGUAGUCCUGCAGUGUACCCAUGAAUUAAAUUAAUAACCACAAAACUUAUAGGCUGCAAACUCAAGGCAGCAUACAGCAUAGGCUACCUGUUCCAUAACUUUCCUACUGAGAUUUUUAAGAAUAAAAUAAUGUUUAUACAUAUUUUUCAUUUGUGCCAUUCACAGAAGGCAUGGUAAGUCUUUGCAAGAGAAAUAAUUGUCAAAUGUGAUGAGGCUCUUCACAGUACAAACAAGGACUUGCAUAGAUCCACAGCUACAUACAGGCCUUAAUGUGCAUAUUUUCAGCUGUCUAGCAGUGGUUUCAAUUUCAAACAAUGAACGUACCAAAUAUGAAAAUGCUGUGUUGAUAACUUUACCUUCUGUUCCUAACCAUCAUGAUCCAAGUCAUUUACUGCUCCAUACAAGUUCUGCUCCAUAUACAAGGAUUUUACAGAGGUAGUUGCAUCAGUAAAUUAAAUUUACUACUUGUUGAUCAUAAGGAAGAUAAUAAAAUCUGCUGUAUUCAAUUUUUCCUUUCAUAUUACUUUUUUUGUACAUCAUCUUACUUUAUAUUGAUUAUGUCUAAUGUAGAAAAAAAUCCCCACAAUCUGAAGCAUAAAACAAAACUGAAGAGAAAUAAAUGAGUAAAUAUGUCUACUUCUUGUUACUGGAAUAUUCUUAAUCAAAUUCACAAAUGGCAACUCCAAGUCAUUGUGUGUGUAUUGUAAGCUUAGUUCAUUGUUUUUAUUUCUAACAAUUUUCCUUAAGCAACAAUGUGUGUAUGUGAAUAUUCAUAGUUCCCUUCAAAACCUUCAUGUCCAUGACAGCACAAGAACAAGUUUUGAAAGUAAAUGUCAUUUGUCCAAGGUACUCAUUAAAUAUCUAUUCAAGAAUGUUGAGGUCUUAAGGCUGAUGCAUGGAUAACAUUUCCACAGCUUCUUUGUAUAACCAGUGUCAGCAUAAUAAAUGAUGAAAUGUGA